ACACACACACACACACACACACAUAUACAUAUACAUAUACAUAUACAUCAUCAAUUAAUUUUAUUACAAUUAUGGCAUUUCAUAACAUGAAUCAACAACUUCUUGUUCCAAUGUUCUUGUUACUAGUUGCUACGUUCGCGGGCUUGUCCUCCGGGCAAGGAGCCACGAGGCUGGCUUUCUACGCGAGGACUUGUCCUCGCGUAGAGUCCAUCGUACAAUCCACCGUCCGUACGCAUUUCAACGCCGACCGUACGGUGGCACCGGGGCUAUUGAGAAUGCUCUUCCACGACUGCUUCGUUCAGGGCUGCGACGCUUCCAUCCUCAUUGAUGGGGCCGGCACCGAAAAAACCGCGGGCCCCAAUCUUCUCCUCAGAGGAUAUGAGGUCAUCGACGACGCCAAGCGCCAGCUGGAGACUGCAUGCCCCGGCGUCGUCUCGUGCGCCGACAUUCUCGCUCUUGCUGCCCGUGAUUCCGUUGUGCUGGCUGGUGGGCCGAGUUGGGCGGUGCCAACGGGGCGAAGAGACGGGCUCGUAUCGUUAGCGAGUGAAACGUCGAAUUUGCCGGGUUUUACGGAGUCCGUUGAUUCGCUGAAACGGAAGUUUCUCGAUAAAGGUCUCAACACUCAAGAUCUUGUCACCCUUUCUGGGGGGCAUACCAUUGGCACCAGCGCCUGCCAGUUCUUCCGUUACAGGCUGUACAAUUUCAAUUCCACCGGUGGGCCCGACCCCACCAUCGCUGCCGCAUUUCUUCCUACACUCCGGGCACUUUGUCCGGAUGGCGGAGAUGGGUCCCGCCGGAUAGGGCUCGACAACGGCAGCGAAAACCGGUUCGACAACACGUACUUCGCCAACUUGAGGAACGGCCGUGGAAUUCUUGAAUCGGAUCAGAAACUAUGGACCGAUAGCUCGACCAACACUUUUGUUCAGAGGUAUCUGGGGGUGAGGGGUUUGUUGGGGUUGACUUUCAGCGUCGAAUUCGGAAGGUCGAUGGUGAAGAUGAGUAAUAUUGAAGUCAAGACGGGGACUAACGGUGAAAUUCGUAGGGUUUGCUCUGCUAUUAAUUAAGUGGUGGAGAAAUUAUUGACGAAGAUCGUAAAAUGUUUUUCUCCCGCCCUUUUUUUUUCUUUUCCUGUUUAGAUUUUACGAAAUUGUUCAUGGAGUAUGUAUUUAUACUUCGUUGAUCGAGCAUUUAUACAUCGUUGAUCGAUCAAGCGAUCGUUAUGGUUAAUCUGUAAGUUUAAUGUUUAAAGCAUGAGUUUGAAAUUUGAAUCUUA